AGAACGCGCGCAUGCGCAGAAAGAUAAGACUGAUAUAGAUAGCCAGUGACGCGGGCGAGGCUUCAGUCAGUGGGUGGACGGUACAUCAUGAAGACAGACGUAGUACCGCGUGUGGCCGUCCUUGUCGGGGCGCUGCUGUCGCUCGCCGCCGCCCAAAUAGCAUAUUGUCCAGCCCCGUACAUCCUGAUUGGCGGUGAAGUGUGCUUGUAUUUCCCAGGUGGAACCUACACUUGGCUUGACGCCAGGACCCUCUGCCAAACCGCCGCCGCCCCGCCAGACCCUUACACAGGCGACCUAGCCGAAAUACAAACAUGUGAACUACUGUCUAGCGUGUGGAACUACAUAUAUUACAAACUAGAGAGGCCGAGCAAUUACUGGAUAGGAGGAAAGGACGAAGGCUCGGAGGGCUCGUGGUUCUGGGUGAAGAGCGGGACGCCCGUGCCGAAGGGCUCCCCUUUCUGGUUCACCGCAGAGCCCGACGGUUCUAACGCAGAGAACCACCUCGUCUUGUCCCCGAAUGGCUAUUUAGCUGACGGGAGAAUGGACCAGUCGUACUACGCUAUCUGUCAGGCAUAUACAGCAUAGAAAAAGGAGUAAUGGAGCGUCGUGUGGCGCAUGAGUGGUGGCGCCGGAGUCUGGCGCAGUUAGACCUGCUCUAACUCUUCAUUAUCAACUACCAUCCUUAACGACCCUUCAAUACCUUUCAGCCGUGUAUCAGUUCCGAACUGUCAUUAUGAGGAUCAUGUAAUUAAAAAUAAUUGUACUAUA